CCUGCUACUACUCCGGCUUGGAGAACGAGAGGACGAAGUGUGUACGCAAACGCACGACUCGACUUCCGCGCCACCAUUAUCAAGUCUCGUCGGCUCCUCUUCCCCUACCUCUGUCCUCCGCCCCUCCCAUCUAAGCCUGGACGCCGACGCCGGCGGAGGCUCUGGAGCACGCGCAGAUGGAGACGAGCAGGUCGCGAGGAGGUGGGGCUGCCGCGACUGCCGGCGCGAUUGAGGAAAUCGGCCAGCAACAGGCGCCCCCGCCGCCGCCGCCAGGCAGGCCUCAUCCGCUACCGCAUGCCCUCCUCACCUAACCUCUUCGUUCCGGCGAGCGGUUGAUUUAUGUAGAGCAAGCGGCUGGCAAAUGAGGAGGUUGGGUGGUGGAGCUCUGGGACCCAGCGCCGUAGGCGGGGGAUGUGGUGCGCCGGCUCGACCUACAGGCUAAGGACAUGAUUGCCGCAGCUCAAGAUCCAACGACUCAAGGACGUCAUCUUCGCGCAGAGCAAGCUGCUAGCGAGCACCAAGACCUUCGCUUCACUCAUUGCUGCCAAGUCCAUCCCAAGCUGCUCCACUGCCUCGCAAGCGACAAGUACUAUCCGUUUCCUUCAUCUGCUCCAGCCGCCAGCACCAUCAAUCCCUUUCUAACUUCCACAGAACAUCAGAAUGGGAAUAUAGGAUGCAUUCCUUGAUGAAAGACAGGUAGAGGUGUCCAACCAUUACGAAUUUCUAAAUCGAAGAAGAAUUCAGCAUGGAAAGAUAGGGUAUUUUACUCUCUUUCUCUUCCAUGAUUUCCUAUGGAGAGGGGUAUGGUGAAAUAAUGAGGUAUGUCUGCUUCACCUUGUCUUUGCUGGUAUUGCCCAUUUUUCUGAUUCCUGGUUAACAUCAAGGCUCUUCUCAUCAAGCAAAAUGAUUCCCUAACCCUGUUCAGUUUCCACAAGCAAAAUUGUUUAUAGUGUUUUCAGGAAUAGAAGAAACUAGCAAAAUGAUUCCCUAACCCUUUCCAGUUUCUAUAAGCAAAAUUGUUUGCAGUGCCUUUAAGAUGCGAAGAAACAGUUUUGAGGAUGUUGCUACAUCAAUAGCACAAUCAUCACCUACCGAUGCCUCACAUGAAGUCAUCGUGGCUCACAAAUUUACAUCUCAUCAAUGAGGGUUAGGAUCAGGACUGUCAACUACUCCAAGUGAUCUGUACAUUAGAUGGUCAGCUUUUUUUUUUUUACUUCUCAGCAGAGCAGGUGAUAGAUUCAAUAACUAUUGGAGAUAUUUAGAGCAGGUACAAUAGCGGGCUAUAAGCCAGCUGCAAAUAUAUUUUAAGGAGAUAAAUGAGGAGAGAGAAGGGCAGCGGACUACAGAUUUGUAGCCAGCUGUAGCACGGACUCCAAGACACAGUGUGUGUAUGACAGGUGGGACCAAGUAUUAAUAGUGUAGUAUGUAACUAUUGUAUGAAUGAGCUAUUAGAUUGGUUAUAGAUAAAUUGGAGCUAGUAGUUAGCUAUACUAUUGAACUUUCUCUUAGAAACAACGUGUAGUUGAACUGGCAGAAUAUUUGUGGCUUUGUAGCAUCUGACUUUUCUGUUAAUGAAUUAUUUCAAUAGUUUUUUAUUGAAUAUUAUCUGCCCUUAUGGGAAAAGAUUUGUAUUCUCUGGCCAUUUAUGCCCCUAUACAAUGAGCAUUAUUAUUGGAUAAGCCGGGAGACACUCUUCCAAAGUAUAAGCUUCUAUCCUUAUUUAGCAAACUGAUGAAUAACAAACUGAGGUUUGAAUAUGAAUGCUGAACGUUGAUAGUGAACUGCCCAUUGUUUUGUAGCUAUCGUAUGAUAUUUGUUGUUUUUAUCAUGCAAGAUAGCUUACUGAUUAGGAUACUAUUAAUAUGCACGAAUGAGCUAAUCUAAAUUGUUCCUGUUUAUAUACGUCCGUGCUGGUAGACAUAUUUACAGUAUGCUCCUCUGAGUCGUUUUCUUCAGAUCUGUUGACCGUGUUCUUUGCCUUCACCUGAUCCAGCUGCUUGCCUGGAGACCAUGCCACACACUGUUCUUUUUGGUCAGUCCAUCACGGAUAACACGUACGGUACAUCCCUCGCCACAAUCAACUAUCCCAAAAAAAAAAAGCUCCUUUCCCAUCAUAGCAUCACCACUAAUUUCCUGCUUCGUUGCUUCGCUGGCCCUUCAGGCGGCGCGCAAAGGCGCGCCCCAGGAUCUAGUACAUACAAAAUCUAAGAGUGCUGAGAGCCUUACACCUUACCCAAAAUUCACAACGCCAUCCGUUGAUAAAAAGAGUUUACUAAAAAUCCAACUGCUUAAUUAUUACAAACAUAAUACCUGAAGACCUGGCUGACAACGUAUGUAUGUGAACACGACCAAAUAAAGUCCUAGCAAUGUAAUGAAGAGCCAUCGUUCUGCGAUCAACCAUGGAAAGGGACCCUCUAACUUAACUGCACAUGUCAAUGACUUAACUGUAUGUGCAGUUAAGUUAGAGGGUCUGCUUCCAUCAACCACAUAUAAUGUAGCUUAACCCAGGCAUAUUUUUAGUUAAUGGAUUGAAGUCUCCAAUCUCUGUCAAACUGAAAAUUUUAGACAUAUCAGAGAGAAACAGUGCGCGUUAAGACUGAGAUAACCGGAUAAUAAUGCAGAUAUAAAGAUGUAUAUACUUGCUAAUUAAUCCACACGUGAGAGAUCGACGUAUAUACUUGAAAGGUAAUUAAACAGACCUGUGUCAUUACAACAAGUGUUUAAACUCUCUUAUCUGCAAACCGUAACCACUAUAUAACCAGCUGUAUGCCAUGGACCAACGAACACCAACCCACGUGCAGAUCGAAACGCAGCUUUCGCAAGCAGAUGAAGAUGGCGCCUUUCAAGACCAUCCUCCUCGUCGUCUUCUUCGCGCUCUUCGCCGUCUCCUCGCUGCAGCCGUCGGCAGCCGUCAGGGACGCCCAGGUGUUCAAGCCAACCGUCGCAAAUGCCGACGUGACCCAGCCAUCAGCUUCGCUGGUUGGAUUGCCAGGUCUGCCCCCAUUGCAACCACUCCCGACGAUCCAAAUCCCAGGUCUCCCACCGUUGCCCCAACUUCCAACGAUCCAAAUCCCAAGCCUUCCACAACUGCCUCCACUUCCAACAAUCCAAAUCCCAGGGCUUCCGACAUUGCCACAACUUCCGACAAUCCCAGGGCUUCCACAACUGCCGACACUUCCGACGAUCCAAAUCCCGGAGCUACCACCAUUGCCACCAUUGCCGUCAGUCUCCAUCACACCGGGAUCACCAGGUGCACCAGCACGAAUCCCCAUUAGCUCCCAGAGCGCACUGGCUGCAGCGCCUAUCGCACCACAGCAGCCAACGGAGUGCUUGUCGUCGUUGAUGGCGCUGAUGCCGUGCAUGGAGUACGUCACCAAGGCCGAUGUGCCGGCUCCCCCAAGCGUCUGCUGCGACGGAUUCAAGUCGCUCGUGGAGAAGGCGCCCAUCUGCCUCUGCCACGGCAUCAACGGCAACAUCAGCAAGCUCAUGCCGGCGCCGAUCGAUCUCACGCGCAUUAUGUCUCUUCCGGCCACCUGCGGCGUUGCCCCGCCUGUUGAGGCUCUCACCAAGUGCUUCACGGGACCAGUGCCGCCGUUGAUGCCUGCUUCUACUCCUGCUGCUGCUCCAUCUCCAUCUCCCGAACCAUCAACGUAAUUGAUAGCAACAAGCUAGAUGGAUGCUUAUUAAUUAGGUGCAAUCAAGAAGAAGAUUAGAAUUUUGAUCUUAGAUAUAAUACCCCAGUACAUAUGAGUGCAUAUAUGGCUGCAUGCUGCCUAGCUAAUUUUUUCUUAGUUUUUUGUAAUUAGGUCUAAUCUAGGGGAUCAGUCUAAUUAGUUUAUAUUAAUGUCAUUUGUACUCUGGUGCGAAUAUAUAUAUAUAUUAAGUACCAAGUCGUUCAACAUAUUUUCCUCCUUGCACCGUAUAAUCGGUUCCGUUGUCAAUAU